UUCUAAAUAUUUCAACAGGAUCAUAACUACACAUAACUCUCAUGGCUACAAGAAACAAAUACCAAUAUGCUGUAUUGGUGGCGAUCGUCUUCUUAGCGAGUUUCAUGUGGAAGCGCAAUGUAUUUCAGAAUUCUAUUAGAAUCAUCUUGCAAAACUCAACUUGUCCAGUGAAAGACGCGCCCGCGCUACCCAAACUGGACGUAAAGAACGUCGAAGAUGCACCAAGUGAACUCCAAGUAAAGAUUAAUGACAUUUUCGAUAAAAUUAAAAACCGUUUCCCAAAUGCUGGGUUUUCCAAUUUCAGUAGCACUACAAGCGGACAGAAAAGUAAGGCUUUUAUAGCGUACCCCAAGGACAAAUACUGCGUCGGUGAGGAUUUUGUUGUUGAACUUGAGAUGCAAGAUCACACAGGCAUCAAGAAGGCAUAUGGUGGAGACUUUUUGAUGCCUAGGAUAUUCUCUCCAGAGCUUGGAGCCUCUGUGUCUGGAAGAGUAGAAGACUUCAGCAAUGGAACAUACCAUGUCCACUUCCCGUUAUAUUGGGAGGGGAAGGUCAAAGUCUCUGUUAUGUUAUUUCAUCCCAGUGAAGGAAUAUCAGCUCUGUGGAGAGCUAGACAUGCAAGUUUAGGGGUUCUUGGUUUUCACGGAAGAUUCGUAUAUCAUAACCAAGAGGCUAUCACCAAGUGUGGCUUUAAACCAAGCACAGAUGAGGAGUAUUGUGAGUAUUUAGACCCGGAUGAUGAAGAAGCCUUUUAUUGUGUCAAGCCCUCCAAUCUGCCGUGUGAAUGUUUGCACGAUAUGAGGGCAGUUGACAUUCAAGCGUCAUAUCUCACCAACGAAGAAAAGCAAAUGUUUCAAAGGUCCAACAUCGCGGUUGAAAUUCCCAAAAACUUUGAAUUCAUUGAGGUUACAAGAUGCAAACACGAGACCUCUCAAAAGACAAAAUGCCAGACUGGAAUGAGUUCUCCGUUACCGAGUGGAUAUUUUUUAAAUAAUACCUGGAACCCAGUUUAUUGUAAAAUGGACGUUUAUAAAACUAAGGAAGACUUCACAAGGUGCCUUCAGGGCAAGAAGCUGUUCCUCAUCGGAGACUCCACCUUACGUCAGUUCAUCAUGCACUUUACCGAAGGCAUCAGUAUAGUACAAUAUUUUGGCUACCACGGUAGGCAAUGGAAUUAUUGGGAGAAAACCCUUCUGGCUUUGAGCAUAGAUAAAGAUAUUUAUGUAUCUUACAAGAGACAUGGGUUCCCUCUAGAAAGUUUCAUGUUCUAUUACUUCAAAGAGGACAAAUACACAAGUCGGCAGAUCGACCUGCAAGGUGGCGGCAAAGACACUAUAAUCGUCAUCACCAUGGGACAACAUUUCCGACAGUUUCCUCUUCAAUUGUACAUCAGAAGAGCGCUCAAUAUCCGUAGAGCCAUCGAACGUCUCUUCCUGCGAAGCCCUGACACCAAAGUUAUUAUCAAAACAGAAAACACCAGGGAACUUAAUACGGCCGUGGAGCGGAUCGGGGACUUCAAUGGAUACGCUCAGUAUCUGGUGCUUAGGGAAGUCUUCCAAGGAGUGAAUGUUGGUUUCGUAGAUGCUUGGGACAUGACGAUUUCAUCAGCAGCACAAAGCGUCCACCCAGCAGGCGGAACAUUUGAGAGUAUAAUGAGCAUGACCUUUACCUUUGCGUGUUGACGAAUAGGGAUGGGAGAGAAUUAUUUUCUGACAAAUAAAAAUAGGUCAGGGAAA